AUGUAUCACGAAAUGGCAUUGCUCACAGGGAAUGCAGAUCCUGACUUCAGCUCCUACUCCUUCAAUAACUUGGAAAACCUCUGUGAAGUGCAAACCAAGAAAGGUUUCUUCUACAAAAAGGCCAAGCUUCUGCACCCCGGGGAAGACUUGUGCUGCUUAGCCCGCCUGGAUGACCGGACCAGGUUUGUGAUCAUCAACGUAGGUGGUAUUAAAUACAAAGUUCCAUGGACCACCUUGGAGAACUGCCCCUUGACUAGGCUUGGGAAGCUAAAAUCUUGCAACAAUUAUGAUGAGAUCAUGAACAUCUGCGAUGAUUAUGAUGUUAGCUGCAAUGAAUUUUUUUUUGACCGUAAUCCUAGUGCCUUCAGGACGAUCAUGACUUUCCUGACAGCCGGGAAGCUGAGGCUUCUCAGGGAGAUGUGCGCUCUUUCUUUUCAGGAGGAGCUUGUGUACUGGGGGAUAGAAGAGGACCACCUGGAGUGGUGCUGUAAAAAGAGGUUGCGACAGAAGGAGGAGGAGGCAGCUGAGGCCAAGCUGUAUGAAGGGGAGAUGGUAUUUAGCGAAACUACGCAAUGUGCCUUCCAGGACAAUAGCCGGUUGAAUUUGUGCAUGCGAAAGCUCAGGGACAUGGUGGAGAACCCCCAUUCAGGGAUCCCGGGGAAGAUCUUUGCUUGUAUUUCAGUCUCUUUUGUUGCCAUCACUGCAGUCAGCCUCUGCAUCAGCACCAUGCCAGAUGUCAGAGAAGAAGAAGAUCGGGGCGAAUGCUCACGGAAGUGCUAUGACAUCUUUGUGCUGGAGACGGUGUGCGUGGCCUGGUUUUCCUUUGAGUUCCUGCUGCGGUCCAUCCAGGCAGAGAACAAGUGUGCUUUCCUGAAGACCCCGCUCAACAUCAUCGACAUUCUGGCCAUCUUGCCUUUCUAUAUCUCUCUCAUCGUGGAUAUGGUCUCCACGAAAAACAGCAGCAAGCCCGGUGGGGGAGCUGGGAACAAGUACCUGGAACGAGUGGGCCUGGUGCUGCGCUUCCUGCGGGCUCUGCGUAUCCUGUACGUGAUGAGGUUGGCACGGCACUCGCUGGGGCUGCAGACGCUGGGGCUCACCGUGCGCCGGUGCACCAGGGAGUUCGGGCUCCUCUUGCUCUUCCUCUGCGUCGCCAUGGCCCUCUUCUCGCCGCUGGUGUACUUGGCUGAGAGCGAACUGGGAGCCAAGCAAGAAUUCACAAGCGUCCCCACCAGUUACUGGUGGGCUGUCAUCUCCAUGACAACUGUUGGCUACGGGGACAUGGUGCCUCGUAGCAUCCCCGGGCAGGUGGUAGCCCUGAGCAGUAUCUUGAGUGGGAUUUUGCUGAUGGCUUUCCCUGUCACGUCCAUCUUUCAUACUUUCUCCCGUUCCUACAGUGAGCUGAAGGAGCAGCAGCAACGAGCAGCGAGUAGGCAGAUGCGCCAGCUGGAAGAGAGCACCAAACUCCCAGGUGGUGACAGCACACAGGGGCUCAGCGUCACGCUCCCGCCGGAUGCCGCCGGGCAGGAGGGUCAGCCCGCCAUGGACCGGGAGGCCAAGAGAAGUUGUUGACUCUGAGCAGCUGAAGACGUGUGUUCACAGCACAAGAAGCGGUGGA